AGUGCGUAUAAAACAGGGGAGGGAAUCCGGCGCUUGACAAGAGAGCAUAGAGAGCGAAGCGGAGGACGCCCCGUGGACUCUCUUUGGCUCCUCUCCUUCCUCCCAGAUCCGAGGCUCUAAACCCUAGGGAACUCCCUGCAAUAGCGCCAAAGAGCUUGUUCUAGCUCGAUCCUGCUCCAAGUAUUCGCCGAUCGAUCGCCGGAGGUUUCACGUCCGUAAGCUUAAUCCCUCCUUCGCAGCUGAUCCGUCAUCACCCCGGAUUCAAAACGCUCGCCGUAUCAAGUUCUGAGUUUCUCACUUCUUUCCGAGUUUAUCAAUUAGGGAUGGCCUCCCAGCAGCCGACUACCGCGGGAUCAGUGCGCUCUCCUCAAGUGGUUGGGAAUGCAUUUGUACAGCAAUUCUUCCACAUCCUGCAUCAGUCGCCGGAGCAUGUUCAUCGAUUCUACCAGGAAAAUAGCAGGCUGGGUCGUCCCGGAAGCCAAGGCGAGAUGAGCACGACUUCUUCUUUGCAGGAGAUAAACGAGAAGAUUCUAUCCAUGGACUACAGCGAGUUUCGAGCACAGAUAAAGACAGUGGAUGCGCAGGAAUCCCUUAACGGUGGGGUCAUCGUCCUUGUCACGGGUUACCUAUUUGGGAAGGAUAAUGUGAAGAGAGACUUCACCCAGACCUUCUUUCUUGCUACCCAGGACUCCGGGUACUAUGUUUUAAAUGAUAUAUUCCGAUAUGUGGAAGAAGUGGACCAGCAAGAGGAGCAGCAGCAUUUGACGGAUGAAACUGAGGUUCCUCUUUCUACAGAGGGUGAUACCGUUCGGCAGGAGCAUCAUUCAUCCGAGCAAAGUGAAGCAGUACUGGAAGAUGAUGAUGUAAAUGAAGAGGAAGUUUAUGAUCCUUCGGAGCAUGAUGUAGAGUCUACAGUUGAAGAAGAAGAGCCCGCGGAGGAGGUGAUUAAUGAAGUUCCUACUGCCUUGCAGCCUGCUGUUGUUGAUUCAGGUCCUUCAACUGGCCUGGAGCAGAAGAUGUCAUAUGCUUCAAUCGUGAGAGUAAUGAAAGAAAAUGCUACAACUGCAUUUAUUGCUACAUCUGCUCCGAUCAGGGCAGUGCCUACUGAUACAGAUCGACAAUCUCCUGCUGCUCCGACACAAGCAUCAGCGCCAGCGCCAGCACCAGCACCCGCACCAACAGCAGAAGUUUUUGUCCCAGGCUCUUAUGUUGCAGAAAGUAACAUUGUCCAUGAGUCAGAAGCUGACGGUUAUUCUAUAUACAUCAAAAACUUGCCUUUGAAUGCUACAAUCGCUCAGCUUGAAGAGGCGUUCCAAAAAUUUGGUCCAGUUAAGCCUAAUGGCGUACAAGUUAGAAGUAACAAGCUACAGGGAUUUUGCUUUGGUUUUGUGGAGUUUGAGGUGGCUAAUGCUGUUCAGAGUGCAAUAGAGGCUUCACCUGUAUUGAUUGGUGGUCGCCAAGCUUAUGUUGAGGAAAAAAGAGCUAACGAUUCACGAGUGAAUAACCGAGCAAGAUUUGCGCCUGGUAGAGGGGGUGGGUUCCGUGGCGACGGUAUGAGGGGUCGUCGGGGUUAUGGUGGUGGGAGAGGUUAUGGAAGGGGAGACUAUAAUAACAGGGCUGAUUUUGGGAACAGAGGGGGAAGGGGAGGCGGAGCCUCCGGCCGAGGAGGCGAUGUAGGAUAUCAGAGGGUUGAUCAAAUGGGCUCCAAUGCUGCCCGUGGUGGCCGCUCCGGAUCAUUACCACGCGUCCCUGCGCCCGCAUAGAACAACAAAAAAAACUAAAGUGGUGCUAUUCUUCAUAUAAGCUUGGGAUUUCUACAACUCUUGGAGCUCCUUGGCAGAUAUCUUUGCCUUUUUUUCAAUUUUAUUUAUAAGCUUGUCUUUUUGUAGAGUAUGAAAUGUUUGCUCUGAACUUCAUCGCUGCUAAAAAUAUAGGUUAGAGAUGCCGCUUUUAGUCUCAUGCUAUUGCUAUGUUUCCAUGAAUCGGAUGCACAAUUUUUGGAUCAUCUUCUUCAUUAGAUAAUAAAUUAAUAAUCACCGGUGAUAAGGGAAAAUUUUCCUUUUA